CUCCAAAAUUGGUCAGCUCGAACAAUUUAUUCAUUUUUUUAAGUGUAAAAAAUGCGACUUUUUCUGAUUCCAAUUUUUUUGUUGUUCGUAUCGAGAGCAUUUACGUUCGAUAGAAAUUGGUGGAAACAUGCGAGUAUUUACCAAGUAUAUCUCAGAUCGUUCAAGGAUAAUGAUGGUGAUGGAAUAGGAGACUUCAAUGGUUUAAUCUCAAAACUGGACUAUUUGGCUGAAAUUGGAGUAAAUACCAUAUACGUUUCACCGUUCUACCCUUCCCCAAUGGUUGACUUUGGUUACGAUAUAAGCGAUUAUAAAGAAGUAGAUCCAGUGUAUGGAACCAUGAAGGAUUUUGAACAGUUGAUAAGAGAAAUGAAAUCUCGAAAGUUGCACCUUGUAAUAGACUUGGUAAUCAACCACAGUAGUGACAAGCACAUUUGGUUUGAAAAGUCGGUCAAUAAAAUCGAUCCAUACACCGACUACUACAUUUGGGUCGAUCCAAAAGGAUACGAUCAGAAUGGCUUUCCUAUUCCACCAAACAAUUGGUUCAGUGUAUUCAGCUUCGGAAAAUAUGGCAGUGCUUGGCAAUGGAAUGAGAAAAGACAACAGUUCUACAUGCACCACUUUACAGUCCAACAACCAGACCUAAAUUUACGAAAUAACGCUGUCAAAGAAGAAGUGAAGGAAAUAAUGAAAUUCUGGCUGGAAAAGGGGGUAGCAGGGUUUCGAGUUGACGCACCGCCAUUUUUCAUGGAAGACAAACUACUUCGAGAUAAUCCAUUACUGAAUCCGGGAGAAGUUGGGACCUCGGCUUGGCUAAAGUGUAAAUAUAAUCUCGAUCAGCCAGAUACAAUCACAUAUUUGAACGAAUUGAAUGCAUUUCUGAAAGAAUACGAUCGAAAGAGCGGGAAGCAAAUUCAAACACCGCUAUUAGGAGAAACCCUGGGACCGGUCAGAAUGGUGAUGAAGUAUUUCGGAACGAGACGUUUUCCAGCAUUCCAUAUGCCUUUGAAUUAUCUUUUGAGGAACAUGGAAACGUAUUUCAACGCUCGAGAACUUCACGAUUUCCUUCACACGUGGUUAGAUCAAUUACCUAAAAACAAGGCAUCCAGUUGGGCGCUUGGUGAUCAUGAUGUAGGAAGAUAUGCACAUCGAUUCAGUGCAGAGUACAACUACAUAAUGUUAGCAUUAGUCACAAUGCUUCCUGGAACCUGCCUAGUGUACUAUGGAGUGGAGCUGAACAUGAAUCAAAAUAAUUUGGUUCGAAUAAAUGAUCUUGGCUCAGGCUCAGAAAAUAGAUUCUCUCACCGCUCACCAAUGCAUUGGGACAACAGCAGAAACGCAGGAUUCUCCUCUGGCGAGAAGACAUGGUUAUCAGUGAAUCCGAAUUACUGGAAUAUCAAUGUACAAAAUCAAAGAACUUACGAAAACAGCAGCUUGAAUUAUUUCAAGGAUUUAAUGGCUCUCAGGAAAACAAAUGCUAUAAAAUAUGGCAAUUUGAGGUUCCACAUUAUGUCGGAUUGGGUUCUGGCUUUCACUAGAACCCACAAGAAAACCAGUUACAUCGUAAUAAUGAAUUUAGGAACAGACACUCUACCUAUUGAUUGGCUUGAUGAGAUUGAUUAUCUUCCAGGAAACUUGACAGUGGUGGCUUCUAGCUCGAAUUCAGCGUACAAGAAAGGAUUCAAGAUGAAUAUUACAAAAAGUUAUCCGUCAUCAUUGUUACUCAGACCAAAUUCUGUCAUUAUACUGAGUUCCGUAUAGAUUUUUCCAAUGGAAAAACUCCUUCUCAAUUGGGAGGUAAUCAUCUUUUCUAGGAAACCAAGACCAUCAACUG